CCUCUUUUCCUGUAGAUUGCGAACGGCAACCAGUAACCAGGAACCGAAACAAAAUCCACUAAUUGGCAGUAAAUUUGCUGAUUCUAAAGUUAUUUGAUUUGACAUAAGCAACUGACUUCGUCUACAUUAUGAAAUAAUUAUUUAGGGACGUGUAAGUUAUUACAGAUCCUGACAACGUUGUGAGAUUUGAGCAUAUGCGCAAUAUCGCUGUGGAGUAUUGUUCGGAUAGAUAGACCUGUUGUGUGUGACUGGGAGAAGACAAAAUGUCGCUAUUCAGGAGUUUUGUGGAUGGUGUAAGCACCGGGAUCAGUUCUGUAGGUAACAUGGUCACAGCCAAUAUAAACCCGUACAAGGUCCAGUUGGUGAAACCAGAGACUUACAGCAGUGUAUCAAUAGAGCAGAAGAGUGAGCACCUAGUGCUGUACAAGAAACCAGGCAUUUUUGAAUGUGUGUUUAUUCAACCAGGCGCUACACAAAAAUACUACAGUUUGUUCCGCUGCACAAAGGAGGUAGAGGCUAAAACCUUGUACAAACCACUGAACAUCAUACUGUCACUGUUGGUACAGAGUUCAAGCACUAUCAACCAGGAAGACAAGCUUCAGUCAGUGUGUGAGACAGUCCGGGAACAUCCUACCUGGAACUGUGCUCAUGUCUCCGCUUAUAAUGGCUUCUUUGAAGCUUUCAAGAAUCCAGAAAUAGAAAAUAUGAUCAAUGCUGCUGACAGUGUGUCAGGUGUGACACCACUAAUGGCAUGUGUGAUUGGGAGGGAAAAACAUUGUGUGCACGAGAUGUUGAUACAUCAUGCUCGGAUAGAUAUGGCAGAUUUCAAGUGUAUGACGGUAUAUCACUAUGCAAUAAAACAUCUGCCUGAUGUUCUUGAGUUCCUGUUGGAGCAUGACAAGAAUCGUGUGUAUGACUGGAUGGAUGACAAGGGUCAUACCCCACUAUAUAAGGCAUGCCUCAAUCCCCCAGACAUUGUUGCAGGAGAGCCACCAGGCGAGAAACAUGAGAGUGUGAAGACGUUACUUGAAGGAGGGGUUGACCCAUCAAUAUCCAAGGCUGACAGAUUGCCUAUACAUGUAGCAGUUGCCCUCGGGGAGAUGAAGAUUAUAGAGAUGAUUAUAAAGAAACAUCCCAGUCAGAAAGAGGCUCGAGACAAAAAACAUAAAGGGACACCACUCCAUUGGGCAAAAACUAGAGAGGUAACAGAAUUAUUGUGUAAGCUUGGCUGUGAUGUGGAUUGUCUCAGUGGUACAAACCAUACCCCGAUACUGGUGAUGUUGAUGCGUAACCGCGCUGAUUGCCUCAUGGAACUGUUAGGUUAUGGUGCAUUAUGUAGCAUUGGAGACAGCAAUGGGGACACGCCAUUACAUAUAGCUGUACAGUGGCGUCAUGACAGCAAGAAGAAAACAGAUCAAGAUGAUAUAGACCUAGUGCGUAUAUUUGUUGUGUUUGGAGCUGAUGUUAAUCAGAAAAAUGCCACUAGUCAUUCACCCCGACAUCUGGCUGCAGUGUGUAAAGGCAAAAACAGAGAUAUUAUAUUGCAUAUGUUACAUGCAUCAGGUGCUAAGAGAUGUGACCAAUCUGUAAAGGGAUGUGUGGCUGGUUGUUCUGCUGAAGGCAGGUCUAAUGGAAAACCUGAUGAUAGAUGUAAAUUAUUGUUCAACCUCGAUAAAAUGGCACUGUUUGAUGAAAUGUUAUGUACUGCAGUGAGCUGUACAUCUAAGUAUGAUAAAGGUAAAGGAGAGGCAUUGCUAGACCUUGCUGAUGCACCUACUGAUAUAGGAGAUAAGAUAUUAUGUCUUGAUGGAGGUGGUAUAAGAGGACUGGUUCUUAUUCAGCUGCUGUCUGCUCUGGAAGAUGCUGCUGGGGUACCAAUCAAAGAUAUGUUUGACUGGAUAGGGGGAACAAGCACCGGUGGACUUCUAGCCUUGGCUAUAGGUGUAGGUAAACCUAUUCAAUAUAUCCGAGGGAUGUAUUUCCGACUGAAGGAUGAAGUGUUUAAAGGAUCAAGACCAUAUGAAUCUGAACCUUUUGAAAUGCUGCUGAAGAGAGAGUUCGGAGAAUCCAAAGUAAUGACAGACAUCAAAUCUCCAAAAAUAAUGGUAACAGCUAUAUUGGCAGACAGGUUCCCGGCUGAGUUACAUCUUUUCCGGAAUUAUCAACCAACCCUUGAUAAACCAGUGGAAAACAAAGGACAGAAUGACCAGUUUGAGGAAAUUAAACCUCCACAUGAGCAGUUGAUCUGGAAGACAGCAAGAAGUACCGGAGCAGCGCCGACAUAUUUCCGAGCAUUCCAACAGUUUAUGGAUGGAGGACUAAUAUCCAAUAACCCAACACUUGAUGUUCUUACAGAGUUGCAUGAAUAUAAUACAGGACUGAAGUUCAGGAAAUGGUGUGACAUCCAAAAACAGGAAAAGCUGGGUAGAGUUUUACAGGGUGAGCAUGAUUCGGUGCGACCACUCGGCUGCGUUGUAUCUCUGGGAUGUGGGCGUGUUCCGGUGAUCCCCAGGGACUAUAUUGAUGUCUACAAACCAAGUGGGAUCUUUGAUGCACACAAAGUAUACAAGGGAACUACAGCAUUAGUUUCUCUGCUCAUUGACCAGGCGUCAGUGUCAGAAGGGCGACCAGUUGAUAGAGCGCGGGCCUGGUGCAGUAUGAUUAAUGUACCAUUUUACCGGUUCAGUCCACAACUUUCGGAGGACAUUCCGCUAGAUUGUAAGGACAAUAAGACACUAAUCACAAUGCUGUGGGAAACACAAUGCUAUAUAAUAGCUAAUAAAGCUAGAAUUGAACAACUGGCCCAGCUGCUUACUUCAGGUCAAGGUCACAAAGGAGUUAAGCAUCAAGGUCAAAGUCUGAAGAAGUCAGACCUACAGGACACAAAACUGCAUGCUGCAACUUCAUAGUAACAGUAUCCCACUGAAGUUAAACUUAACAUUUUUCACAUCAUGUGACACUAGAAUGAUAAAUGAGAUUCAAAUUUAUACCAUAACAUCUAUUUCUGCUUUGCUUUUAACCUUUACCCUGUUAAAUUUCUAUAAUGGACUGGUCCAUUAUUCAGUUUGGGCAUUACCACUUAUUAUUCAAAGGGGUGUUCACUGAAAAUUUACCAUCUAAAUAGUGAAUAGUGAAGACCAUAAUCAGCUUGCAUAGAUCCACUGGUCUCAAAGGCAAAACCACUUGCCGUCAGCAGACUAAAGGUUAAACUUGGCAGCAAAACCACUUGCUGUCAGCAGGCUAAAGGUUAAACUCGGCAGCAAAACCACUUGCCGCCAGCAGACUAAAGGUUAAACUCGGCAGCAAAAGUACUUGCCGCCAGCAGACUAAAGGUUAAACUUGGCAGCAAAAGCACUUGCCAUCAGCAGACUAAAGGUUAAACUUGGCAGCAAAACCACUUGCCAUCAGCAGACUAAAGGUUAAACUUCGCAGCAAAACCACUUGCCAUCAGCAGGCUGAAGGUUAAACUUGGCAGCAAAACCACUUGCCAUCAGCAGACUAAAGGUUAAACUUGGCAGCAAAACCACUUGCCAUCAGCAGGCUAAAGGUUAAACUUGGCAGCAAAGCCACUUGCCGCAGCAGACUAAAGGUUAAACUUGGCAGCAGAACUACUUCCCCUCAGCAGGCUAAAGGUUAAACUUGGCAGCAAAACCACUUGCCGCCAGCAGACUAAAGGUUAAACUUGGCAGCAAAACCACUUGCCGCAAGCAGACUAAAGGUUAAACUUGGCAAUCAUUUUAAUCAUCAUAGCAAUAAAAAUCAUUUGUUUUUUCUAAUGUUGAUGUAUUUCUUAGAAAAUAUUUUUGUGUUAUCAAGAGAUAUAAAGCAGGUCAACAUAUACAAAUGUGUAAAUAAAACUUAAAAAUUGGUGGUAUAAUUGUACCUUCUAAUACUAAUAUUGCCAAUUUUGAUUGUGUUUAGGUUAAUUGAUAACCCAUUAGAGUUUGCCAUGAGUUUUAUACAUUAGAAGUUUUUUCUUUACUAUUUAUGAACUUUGUAUUGUAUUAUACAUUGAUAUAAGUCACUCGCUGCCGUCUAACAGUAUUGCAUUGUUAAUUCAUGUAUAGAUUGUAUGAAUGAUGUAUUGGACCAAGAAACAUUUAGUGUGAAAAUCAAGAUGAUAGUCUGGUAAAAAGGGUAAAGUUAUAGUCACGUAGGGAGUCUCUGUGGCCAUGUUAUGGUGGCUGACUUCAUAUCAUUAGCUCCUCACUAAUGUGGGUUCAAGCCUCACCUGGGGCGCUGUAUUCAUGUGAGAAAGCCAUCCAGCUAGCUUAUUGAAGGUUGAAGGUUCUACCCAGGUGCCCAACCAUGAUGAACAAAUGCUUUGAAGAGCACCUUAUGUCUUCUGGUACCAUCUUAAGCUGGAAAGUCGCCAUAUGGCUUACGAUUGUGUCAGUGUGACAGUAAACCCAGCAAAAACAAAAAUUCAGUCAUGUAGUUUGGGUAUAUAAAGCCAAUGAAACAGUUUCAUUUCUUUUCUAUUACAUUUUUCACUGGAAGUUGACAUUGUUGACAUUGUUUUGAAACAGGUUAUUUAAAGGAAUUUAUAGAAUAUAUGAUUGAAUCAAAAUUUGUUAAGACAUGUUUGUUGUGUUGAAAUGAUUCCCACUAAGAACUGUAAUUGUAUGUACAGGGUGAUCCAUAAUAUAUGAUAACAUAAAUAACUUUAAUAACUUCGUAUUUUUUUUUUAUAUAUCUGUGAUACUUUUAUUUAAUUACUUGUGAAUACAAUGUUAAUUAAAAUUUUUAAAUAUUUUAUAUCAGAAAUUUAUUAUUAUACAAUAGUUACUGGUACAUCACACAUUCCACAUUGCAAUCAGCUUGAUCAUUUUAUAUAAAUGUGGAAAAUUGCUUCAAGCUAAUUUUGAUAAUAUGCAAUCCAAUGUCAAGUUUGACUGCUGGUCAUAUUUUACAUUAUUGAGUUGUCUCCCUUUAUCCAUAUAGCUUAAAAUUUCAUCUACAUAUUCUUGAAAAUGCUUUAAUCUAUUUCUGAUAGGGAACAGUUUUAAACAAUGUCUGUUUCUGCUAAUUAACAGAUAAACUCAAUAUUUCAAAUUUGUUACCUUAAUAGAAUUAAAUGCAUUUUGAUUAAAAGAAUUUGCAAUUCAAGUAAUAGGACUUUUCAUAUGUCUUGAUUAGACACAUAACAUCUGCUGUUACUGCAUUCCUUAUUUUUUCAACUUUCCUCUGUGUUUAACAAGUGACAACCUGUAUUUCCUUUAGACAGCCAUAAAAUAUUCAUGAGUUAUUAUGAUUUUGGCACUUUCACACAAACGGUCACCGUGGCCCAGUGGUUAAGGCGUCUGCCUCGGGAUCAGGAGGUUGAAGCAUUCGUCCGGGGGAUGUUUGUCAUGGGACUCAUUCCAAAAAGGCCAGUUCAUGAGCCGCGAUCUAGUUAAAUGAAUGGUUACCGACUUCUGUCCGCCCGGCAUAGUGGGAGGUAAUUGGUACGCACAAUAAAGGUGUCUCAUAAGCCAAAUUGGCUGGCUCUUUCAAUAGGGGUGACACUAUAAUAAACAAGACCUUUACCUUUACCUUUACAUAGAAACAACAUUUAUUACCCAGUCGCAUUUUUUGCCAUCGUGAACAGUGAUUGACCCAGACGUUUGUGCUCAUUUUAUUUCAAUGCCGUGAAAACAAACGUUGCCAAUCUGUUGAGAAAUGAAAAUGGCUUUGAACACAAAUUCUCUAAGUUUCAUAAGUUAAGGAAUAGUGAAAUGUUUAGCUUGUUUUGAAAUUCAUAAUCCACAACCAUUUACAGUAGGCUAUUGUUUGAUUAUUUUAAUACCAUUUAACUAUAAAUAGAUAGUGCAAUAGGGAGAGUUGAAACAACCUUGAAAUCAGUUUCAUUUUGUUGUGGGUUUUUUUUUCGCACUAGAGUCACAGUUCAAUGUUGCCAAUUUAGUUGGGUGUUUGAAGUCUGAAAUCAGUAAGUAGAAUGUAUUACAUGCUAUAUUUAGUUUUGAAUUAUCCCACUUCCUUGCAAAUGCAGUUUAUUUUGUAGUGAGCCACCUGAGGAUAUACAGUAUUAGAAGUAACACACAGUGUACAUGUUUGUGCCCCCCCAUGAGUGGUGGGGGCAUAUAGAUUUGGUCUUAUCCGUGCGUCCGUCCGUCUGUCCGUGCGUCCGUCCGUCCGUCCGUCCAUCCGUCCGUCCGUCCGAAGUUCGUGACACACCUAGCUCAAAAAGUAUUUGAUAUAAAUUCAUGAAACCUUGCAUGAGUCUUUAUCAUGAUAUGAACUUGCGCACCUCCUAUUUUUCGUCUGGCUCCGCCCCCUAUUUUUAGAGUUAUGGCCCCUGAAAUAGUCAAAAAUGCACGUUAUCACCUUGUGAUGCGCCUAGCUCAAAAACUAUUUGAUAUAGAUUCAUGAAACCUUGCAUGUGUAUUAAUCAUGAUAUGAACUUGCGCACCUCCUAUUUUUCAUUUGGGUCUGCCCCCUAUUUUCAGAGUUAUGGCCCCUGAAAUAGUCAAAAAUGCACAUUUUCAUCUUGUGACACUCCUAGCUCAAAAGUAUUUCAUAUAAAUUGAUGAAACCUUGCAUGAGUCUUUAUCAUGAUAUGAACUUGCGCACCUCCUAUUUUUCAUCUGGCUCCGCCCACUAUUUUUAGAGUUAUGGCCCCUGAAAUAGUCAAAAAUGCAUAUUUUCACCUUGUGACACGCCUAGCUCAAAAACUAUUUGAUAUAGAUUCAUGAAACCUUGCAUGUGUAUUAAUCAUGAUAUGAACUUGCGCACCUCCUAUUUUUCAUUUGGGUCCGCCUCCUAUUUUCAGAGUUAUGGCCCCUGAAAUAGUCAAAAAUGCACAUUUUCACCUUGUGACACGCCUAGCUCAAAAAGUAUUUCAUAUAAAUUGAUGAAACCUUGCAUGAUUCUUUAUCAUGAUAUGAACUUGCGCACCUCCUAUUUUUAUUUGGCUCCGCCCCCUAUUUUUAGAGUUAUGGCCCCUGAAAUAGUCAAAAAUGCACAUUUUCACCUUGUGACGCGCCUGGCUGAAAAAGUAUUUGAUAUAGAUUCAUGAAACCUUGCAUGUGUAUAAAUCAUGAUAAGAACUUGCGCACUUCCUGUUUUUCUUUGGGUCUGCCCCCUAUUUUUAGAGUUAUGGCCCCUGAAAUAGUCAAAAAUGCACAUUUUCACCUUGUGACACCCCUAGCUAAAAAAGUAUUUCAUAUAAAUUGAUGAAACCUUGCAUGAGUCUAUAUCAAGAUAUGAACUUGCGUACCUCCUAUUUUUCGUCUGGCUAUGCCCCCUAUUUUUAGAGUUAUGGCCCCUGAAAUAGUCAAAAAUGCACAUUUUCACCUUGUGACGUGGCCUAGCUCAAAAAGUAUUUAAUAUAAAUGGUUGAAAACUUGCAUAAGUCUUUAUCAUGAUAUAAACUUGCACACCUGUAAUGUUUUGGCAGGUUCCACCCCUAUUUUUAAAGUUAUGGCCCCUGAAAUAGUAAAAAAAUGCACUUUUUCACCUAAUUAUGUGCCUAGCUCAAAAAGUAUUGGAUGUAAAUUCAGGAAACCUUGCAGGAGUCUUUAUCAUGAUGUGGCCUUGCACUCUUGGCAUUCUUCUUGAGAAUCUUACUCUUAUUACAGAGUUAUGGCCCUUGAAAUAGCCAGAAUAGUGGAUUUUUUGUUUGUGAUGCUCAUAGCUCAAAAAGUAUAGGGCCUAGAAUAAUGAACCCUUUUCAUAAAAUGUUUGUUGAGGCUAUACCCCAUUAAGACUGCAAACAUUUGAAUUAUUGCCCCUUAUUUGUGACUAAUGUACCUGUCGGGGGCACACCCUGUGUCCUACAGACACAUUCUAGUUUCUCACUGUAGUCUCCUACAAUUUAUUAUUUGUAAUUUUUUAUUCAUUUGUUCUGUAUAUGUGUAGUUUGCUAAUUUAUAUUUUAAAUAUGAAUGUACAGAGGUAUUGUCUAACAGUACUGUCUGUAGAGAACAGGAAAAUACAUGUAUUACAUAUACCUACAUUAAGACAUGUGAAUUGGUUUUAGCUUUUUUUUUGUAUUAAUUUUCAUUGACAGUAUAUAUUCCCUGAGAGUUUAUGUUUCUCUGUCUGAGGAAUUGGGGCAGUUUAGUAUUGACUGUCUACCUGUCUGUCUUAUAGGAUAUUGCAGGACUUUUUAGGUUAGGUUUUGUACUAAGAAAAAUAUUGCGUGGUGUAUUUACUGACUGGAUGAUUUUGUCUCGCUCACUUUUAGGGGAAGAGACUAAGCGAUCCAAAUUCCGGCGGUGACAUCGUCACGCGACAGCAUCAACAAUUGGAAAUAACUCAAAAACCCUUACACGUAUUUCUUUUAAACCUUGUAGGAUGUUUUAGAAACUAAUGUUACACCCCUUAGCUGAGUCCUGGCCCACUAGUGGCCUUGAACAAAUUAGCAUUUUUUUGACAAUUUCUCAAAAAGCAUUACAUAAUUCGUCAUGUCAGCGCAAUAACUCAAUAAGUGCUUAUAUAAUAUAUAUGCACUUAUUGAGUUAUUGCACUGACAUGACAAUAUAUUGCUUUGAAGCCUUGUAGGAUGGUUCAAAAACUCAUUUUACACCCCCAUGGAGAAUUUUGGCCUCCUGGUCACCUUGACCUUGAAAUCAGUCAUUGAAAAUUCACAAAAAAAUACAGUUUUUAAAAAAAAUUGUUGCAGAUAUAGUUUUGAAACAUUGUAAGAUGGUUUUGAAACUCAUUUUGCACCUAUUUCAUGAGUCAAAGCUCAUGUGGGUGAGACACUUUCAGGCAGUGGCCUUGUUUAGUCUACUAUUUUCAAAUAGCAUAAGCAUUGUUAUCAUCCAUGUAUACAACCACAUCACAAACAUUUUGAAUGUAAGUUGAUUUCUCAGAAACUACUGGACUAAAUACGUGUUAACUUAGGUAUGUGUUUUGGGUAUGAACUAGGUUAGAUGACUGAUACAGAGACUUCAGGACCAAGUUGUUCAAAACUUUAACAGCCUGUUAAACUAACCGCUUGUGGAAGUUUGAUUCGAAAGUUUACACUUGCUGGGAAAAACUAAUAUGAGCCGUGCCAUGGGAAAACCAACGUAGUGGCUGUGCGACCAGCAUGGAUCCAGACCAGACUGCGUGGAUGCGCAGGCUGGUCUGGAUCCAUGCUGAUCGCAAACCCACUAUGUUGGUAUUCUCAUGGCACGGCUCAUAUAAUGUUUUGAUUUUACUGUAAAAGCCUUUUAGUUUUCAUAAUCCUUAACUGAUACUUUUGUUUUUCAAAGUCUUCUUAAAUGUUGUAAUAUAACCUUAAAAGUUAAUCGGCUGUUAGCUUAAUCGCCUGUUAAAGUUUCGAACAACUGGGCCCAGUGCUCUCUUAGUUGUAAAUCAGUAUUUAUAAACAGCUGUUGGUGUAAAGUCAGUACUUAAAUACUUAUUUCAGUUAUAUCAGUUUAAUGCUUCAAAAUCACUUGAUAUACUUAAAUUCUCCAUUUUUGUGACUAUAUAGUUUGGCUCAAAAUUGUCUUUAUUUGAUUGUGAGGAAAAUGGCAUUAUCCACUGUAUUUUCAAUUGAUAAUUUUCAAUUUAUAUAUAUUCUAUGUCUAAAUGUAAAAGAUUUACAAUAUUAACAAAAUUUUUAACAAAUGCAAUCAUUACAUCAUUGUUAAACCUAAUUUUGCCAUUUGAAACAGUGUAUGUUCACCUGUGGAAAGAAUUUCAAUUGAUUGAUCCAAACAUUUUUAGAAGAUGCAGGUUAACAUUGGAUGGAUUUUUCAUCAAACUGUAUGAUUAAAAAAUGAAAUUAUAUUGAGAAAUAAACUUUGCAAGUCUAUUUAUUUAAGAUUUAGUUUUACAAAUUCCAUUGUUUAUCACAAGAUUUUUGAUUAUCUGUACAUUGUUCUUUAUGAUACAUUAUAGUCAUAUGCUGCAUGUAUUUUAGGAAAGUGCUCUGUUGAUUAAAUCAUUAUUUGCUAAUAAAAGGUUGUUAUUCUUC